AAAAUUAAACAGCUUAGCUGCGAGUAAUGUCUCAAGAAUAGUUUUGUCGUUGUUUGAAGUUAGCAAAACAGCGAGAGCGGUGCUGUAAUCUGAGCAGUGUCGGCUAAUAGUGAGUUGUAAUAAUAUUAGUCACAGCCUACCCGGGGCGCCCCCAGCUUUGCACAACGAGGUCAUAGAUAAUGCCACCAGGGCGGCUAUGAUCAGUGUGAUGAAGCUGCAGGUACGAAAACACCCACACACACCUAGUGCCCUGAAACUGCGGAGGCCUUCCCCCACCAACAUGCCCAGUCGGAGACAGCUCCAGCAGGGUGAUGGAGCAGCUGGGGUCCAGGCCUGUGGAUGCAUCACCCCCCCCCCCCGGUUUAAGAGGACGUGCAGACGGCCUUCGAGGACAGACUGAGAGUAUGUGCUGCCAGUUCUUGGAGAGAGAUCAGGAGGAGGCUUUUCGCCCCACAGACAGCAGAUCGAUCUAAACACUACAAUACCCACGAGCCUCGGUCACUGAAGCCAGAAGUCACAGCUGUGACAUGGAGGCUGAAUGUGAGGCAAAAACUGCAAGUGAUGACAACACAGCACGAAAAUGAACACUCUGACCAUCUGAGCGGAAAAGGAGGUAAUGACUUUUACAUGCUAAUAGAACCAAUAAUGAAAUGCACACACAGAUGGUUUGUUUGAUGAAACCCAGGAAACGUUUUUAAUAGGAAAACCUGUUUUCUCUGCAAAUAUCCGCAGGAGAGAGUCAACUAAAUAAAAUGAUACCAAUGGACCAAUUAACAGUUUUAAAUUCAGCCUAGUUAUGUGUUUAAGUCUUAAAUUAAAUCCUUAGAAGUUAUUUUUGAUGAGUGUAGUGCACUUUGCCACACAGAGUUAACUUCUUUCUCUCUCUCAGUGGUGCUGCAGUUAAUGCUGAAAGAACAGCGUUGACAGAGUCGGUUCUUACACCUCUAGAUUCCCCCACCAAAUACAGCAACACGUACCAGACGUGAGACACAAGACGGUUUCCUGCUACCACCCACCCAUCGCAGCUAGCAUUGCUUCCAACCACAUCAAUGUGCAGAGUGGCAGAGAGAAAGAGACGCGCACAAACACACAGUUGGUGUUAAACCACACAGCUGCUGCAGCUAUGAAUGGAAGUUAAUGUAGACGACCUUGGUGGAUGCGUAUUAAUGAUGAAUGUUUGUUUUUCUUCUUUUUAAGCAAUUCUUCUUGAGGUCCUCCUUUCACUGGAGACCCUCAAACAACAGAACACCGCUGUUCUUCAAAUAUUGCAGUCAGGAAACUCAUCUGGAGCGUAGCUCUGCGAACCUGCAGAUGUCGGGACUGUUAUACUGCCGUUUAUUAUUGAUUGGUCCGGCUGGAGGGAUGACAACCAAAGAGAGCAUCUGGAGGAUAAUGGCCAAAUGUUUCACAAACUCUUUGGCCAAAAACAUUAACUGGAAGGGAAGGAACAACAAGCAGACCCUUACCAUCGAGAAAGUUAUCCUCAGUCAAUAUGCUGCAACAUGUAACAUAAUUUGGUACCUUUCAAGCAGGAUUUUGCAGCACAGUGGUGUUAUCUGACACUGUGUUCUGUCUGUUAACAUUGACCCUGCACCCCUCCUCUCCUGCAGGUGCAGUCUGGCAGGAUUCGUUCUGUAAGGGUGCCGUGGAUGAGGAGAUGGAGAGAGAUGCAAAUGCCAGGACUCAUGAGUACCAACGGAUGGUGGCCGACAGGGACAAAGAGAUCCAGCGGCUGGAGUGCAGGCUGAAAGAGAUCGAGUACGAGCUGCAGUUGCUGCGCCGACAAGGAUGCACCUGCGGGAUGCUUGAAGAAGAGACGGCCUCACACAGCCUCGUCGGCUCGCAGCCCUCUUGUGACGCACACAAGGCAGAGCAGAGCGGGUUUGAACCAAACCUCAUCGGCACUGAGAUGACAGCAGGGCAGCAGGAGUGUGAAAUGAGCAUCUCUUUGGGCCUUUUUGCAAGACCCCCCUCACACGUCUCCUCUCAAAGCCACGAGUCGGCUCUUCCGUCAUCCCCCAGCAGAAUGGGUCUGGACCAGAGCUGCACCUCCCACUCCUCAGAGUCCUCAGGUGGAUCGGAGUCCGCCAGGAAUCCGCCCACUUCUCCCUGCAGCCUGGUCGUCAAAGAGGAGCCGUGUGAUAUCGACACAGUCUUAAUCAAGUGGGAAAUGAGUGAAGAGCGAUUCGGGGCGCAUCAGGAGAGCUCAGGCAGUCCAUGCCAGGACAAAGAGAGCCCCAGUGUAAAAAAAAAACAGGAGAGCAGAGAGAGAAGAAAGUUCAGGGAGAAACCUCACGCAGACCCAGAUGGACAUUACGUCCCGGAGGGAGAAAACCUGAGGAAUAAGAAGAAGAGUGUGCCGAUGUCCGAGUUGCCAGAGGAGGCUCAGAGAUUGAAGAGGGCAGCCUGGAGAGCAGCUUCCAGGCGGUACUACGCUCGAAAAAUAGCCCGCCAACAGGCAAACCCCUCACGCUCCGGGCCCCUUCCUCACAUAACGGACUUGCGGUACUCACAACCCACGUCUUUAGAGGACAAGAGAAGGAGGACGCUGAUAUCGGAGUUACCCGACGAGACUCAGAUGCUGCAGAGGGAGGCGUGGAGAGCCGCGUCCAGGAGGUACUACGCUCGGAAAACCGCUCGCCACCAGACCGAGCCCACACAGUACGUACAGCUGCUCCAGAACAUGGAGCCGUCUGAAGAAACACUUGGAGGGAACAGAGGAGGAUCCCACACCAACAGUGGAGGAAUAAUGUGUAGCUGAUGGACAGUGAUGCUGCUGACAUUUUCUAUUCUGCAUAUUUAAAGGUUGAUUUCACUGUGUUGCGUAAAAACACUGGACUAUGUGAAUGUUUGUAUUUUGCUGCUGUUGUUGGUUGAUUUGUACUGAUAAUGAAAUUUGUCGCAGGUCUUCUGAUAUGGUCCGAAUAGUUUGAACCUAUUGUUUUGAAUUAAAGUCUCAUUUGUGUGUUUAAACUGUCAUUUGUGUUCCUUAAUAGCUGAAUUAUGCUACUGACCUCCCUGAGAACAACACUGCAUUCAUGUCACUUUGGUUCUAAUCACUCACUAUUUUACUGAUUACUACUUCUUUUCCUCCAUUACAGCCAUCUUUGGUUUACUGUGUUGCAUGCCUAUACAAAAUGCCAACUGCAAAUGAAGACUGAAUAGGCAAUAUAAAGAUAACAGUAAUACUCCGAACAGCCUCUGGAUCGAUAGAGCGCCCCCGGUGUCCAACAUCUGUAACUACAAUCAAAACAUCAUUAAUGGUCAAGCCAUGAUCUCAACAUCUCUGUAAAUGAUGGGUGGAGAAUUACCAGUUGAACCAGUUUUAUCUGUUAUUGCACCAGCAGUUAUUGGCUUCUUAAAUAUUUGAGUUCAUGUAAAACUUGAAGAAAUGAAUUUUCUGACCCCUGUGUGAAGAAAGCUGUCUUUGUCCUGAAAUGUCUCAAUUUUCUCUGGAAA